AUGAAAGACUUUUUUCUUGUGCGCCUGAAGCUUCCAUGUGCAGUCUCAAAGUACGAGCUGUCCUUCCACAUGACCACGGUACCAGGAGCGAAAGAUUUGGCGGAGCACCCCUUCAAGUACACCAUCAAAACGUCGGAGUCGGCACCGUGUCCUCUCAGCUCGUUGGAGCAUGCUGCAUACUUCCGCUUUGGGCUCAGCCCCAUGCCAGCCGUGGCUCAACCCUUUGGCAUCACCAUCUGCUCGCCCAUCGACUAUGCCAUACCGCCUGUCAGUGUGUAUUUCCUGGUCCAUCUGCAUCCGGAUUGCGUGCACUCCGAGGCUGUGCGGGAGCCCACUGGCGAGACACCCUCCUCGCUGUUGUUUCGGCGCCUGCGGGCUGACGACGAAGCCGCUGAUCAGGAGGCACUGCUGAAUGAGACCAUUCAAAACUCAGAUCCCUUCUUUGCGAACGGCAUGCUGGAUCGGUCCGCGUGCUUGACGCAGAUGGUGCAAAGGAGAAACUUCCAGGAUACACAGCGCAUGCUACUGCACAGACCAUCGGCCGUCACUAUGGACCCGACGGUCAACGUGCUGCGGAGGCUGCACCACGGCUUGGAAUGGCAUCUCGGUGAGAGAACACAGGAUGUUCCUGGUGCCAUGCGGUUCGAUGUCGUCGUCAGCGAGGGCAAGACCCUGCAGCAGCGGUUUGCUUACUCCCUUCAGCCAAACCUCGGCUUCCCGGAGUUCUUCGACGGCGUAUUACAUCUCAACGAGAACGACGCCGGCUCUCGCAUUGAGCUUUUCUUCAGCCUGACAGUGGAAGAGGAAGCGGACAAGGCACCCAUGAAGAUUGGCGAGUGGAAGGCCUGGGGGAGUGGACCAAGGCCAGAUAGGAAGUUUCUUGGGGGCGAGGGGCAGCCCGUUCUGGCCAAGAUGUCGGGUCGCAACACCCGUAUGGCGCAAUGGCUCGACUAUAGGGUUCGUGUCACCAUCUCCGACGCCCGCAUGCUGGUUGGCACCUUUAUGGCUUUUGACAAGUACAUGAACGUGGUCCUUGCAGAUUGCGAAGAAUUUCGGAAGAUCAAGCCUGCUCAAGGCCCCAAAGCGGAUCCGGUCUUCUGUGCCCAUGGCUAA